CGAGAAUAUUUUCUUCCAUUUAUCUCUGACAGAACCCCACAGUUGGCGGAAAACAAACAGGCAGGGUGGUGAACAUGGCGGAUCCGGAAGUAGAGUCGCAAGAACAAAAACAAAUCCGUGUCGUCAUCGUCAUUGGCAUCGCCAUCACGAGGCGUUCCAGACGCUGUGAAUAUGGCGGAUCCGGAAGGGGAGUCGCUAGAGUCUUGGCUCAAUAAAGCUACCAACCCCUCCAACAGAAAUGAAGACUGGGAAUACAUUAUUGGAUUCUGUGACCAAAUCAAUAAAGAAUUAGAAGGUCCACAGAUAGCAGUAAGAUUGCUAGCUCAUAAAAUUCAAUCCCCCCAGGAAUGGGAGGCUAUACAAGCUUUGACCGUUUUAGAAGCUUGCAUGAAGAACUGUGGAAGAAGAUUUCAUAACGAAGUUGGAAAAUUUAGGUUUUUAAAUGAAUUAAUCAAAGUUGUUUCACCCAAGUAUCUAGGUGACAGAGUAUCAGAAAAGGUGAAGAAAAAAGUUAUAGAAAUGCUGUUUAGCUGGGCAGUUGCUUUGCCUGACGAAGCAAAAAUAAAUGAAGCCUAUCAGAUGUUGAAGAGGCAAGGUAUUGUGACCAUUGAUCCAGAAAUCCCUGUGGACAAAACUCUUAUCCCUUCCCCACCCGCUCGCCCCAAGAACCCUGUCUUUGACAAUGAGGAGAAAAGCAAGCUUCUGGCAGAGCUCCUGAAAAGCAAGAACCCCGAGGACCUGCAGGAGGCCAACCGACUUAUUAAGAACAUGGUGAAGGAGGACGAAGCCCGGAUGCAGAAGGUGACAAAGCGCGUGAAUACUCUGGAAGAGGUCAACAACAAUGUGAAGCUCCUGAAUGAGAUGCUGAACCACUUCAAUAGAGACGAGUCCUCUGAAGCUGACAAGGAGCUCAUCAAGGAGCUUUAUGAUCGCUGUGACAAGCUGCGACGCACUGUUUUCAAACUGGCCACUGAGACGGAGGACAAUGACAACAGUCUAGGUGAGAUCCUGCAGGCCAGUGAUGACCUGUCCCGGGUCAUCAAUUCUUACAAGAGAACAGUGGAGGGACAGGCUGUUAACGGAGAGACAGAUGUUCUGGGAACACCAGGCAUGGAAGGCAGCAAAGGUAACCAACCUACAUUGAUCGACUUGGCUGAUCUCGAUGUUCCAACACCCUCCCCGCCUGAGCUGGCUCCAGCUGCCCAACAUCCAGAGCCCAGUACAGGCAGUCUUCUGGCACCUACCAUUCCAGUUUUGCCUCCGCCACCCUACAAGUUGGCUGUUUCUCAAAACUUCCCUGUCAGCCAGACUGACAGCCCCAGCCAUCGAACCAGUACCAACCACUCCUCCACUGCGUUAUCCAUCCUUGAUGAAGAACUCCUCUCUCUAGGUCUAAAUGAUCCAGUUCCUGGUUUGAAUAAUCAAACUCUGAAUGUAGUGGACGAAGAGGAACUGAACAGCGUGCCAACCUCUUCGCGGGUGGCACCCAGCUCAGAAUUGGACUUCUUUGGAAGUUCUGCACUUCCAGGGCCCAUGAUUCCGUCCGUGCUACCUUCCGUGGGUCCUCUGCAAAAAACACCUGUUUGUCAACCAGAAGCCCCCAGAACAGCCUCCUUUCCUUUCCCCAGUACGACCCAGUCUGGCUCAGCCUCUCUUGGUCAAGGCCUGCAGGAUCUUGCUAUGUUGGAUCUUGGGGAUCCAAAAGGCAUGCCUGGUCUGAUGAACCAGUCCUCUGUGUUCGGGAUGGUGUCAAAAACUGACCCAAUGGCCUCGGCGGCAUCAUCCUCCUCCUCCUCGACAACGGCUUCCUCUGGCCCAGGCUUUCCUAUUCUCAACUCUGUAGUGUCCACCUUGGGGCCCCUGCCUGCAGGCAGCGCUGUGUCCCAGGCCAAGACCCAGGCUGUCAGCUCUUCCCCUGGCAGCCCCCUCUUCCGCUCCCUGUCCCCAAUUCUCCCCCCGACACAAGACAGCCCAGCCAAAGCUGCUGAAGUCUCUCUUGCCAAUCUGUACGUCCCUUUAGACUCCAUUAAACCCAGCAAAGUGCUGCCGGUGACGGCCUACGACAAGGAUGGUGUGCGUGUGCUGCUGCACUUUGCCACAGACUGCCCACCAGGCCGCCCAGACGUCCUAGUGCUGGUGGUGUCCAUGCUGAACACUGCUCCUCUCCCGGUCCGUAACGUUGUUCUUCAGGCCGCCGUGCCAAAGUCGAUGAAGGUGAAACUGCAGCCUCCCUCGGGAACAGAACUGGCACCCUUUAAUCCCGUCCUGCCCCCGUCCUCCAUCACACAAGUCAUGCUGCUGGCCAAUCCACUUAAGGAGAAAGUGCGGUUACGAUACAAGAUCAUGUUUAGUCUUGGAGAGCGGCAGUGUACAGAGGUGGGAGAGGUGGACCAGUUCCCCCCAGCUGAGAAAUGGGGAAACCUAUAGCAGCCCUCAGUGCAGACGCAGGGCAGAGCAGUGCUUCACGGAGGAGACGGACUGACCGAGUAUCCCAGAGACAAAAAGGGGUGGGGUGGCUGUUGCGUUAAUGAAUGUUUCAGCUUAGCAGAGAAGUGUUAUUAACAUUACAUCCCCCCAUCAAAGUUCAGUCCGGAGUAGUGUUUUUCUUUAGCUUUCUUGCUUUUCAAUUUGUGUAACUGUUAUGGCCCUCAUGUAUUGAGCUUAAAACACAGUAAGAGGCACAGUAACACAUUCAGCAAUAGAUUUUGUGUUUUGGGGAGUUAGUGGGUGUGUAGUGUGGGGAUUCCAUGUUUUAGCAGUGAAUCCUUAAGAAUUUAAUAAUAGACCAUCAAGAACACUCACUUAGCAUGGAAAAUAUACACCAGUUUGCUGGCAAACAUUUUAGACAUUUGCAUCAAAUUAGGCGGGGAGGUGUUGCCUCUUAAUUAUCUGGUUAUGAACAAUCAUUUAGGAACAUUUAUAUGGUUAAACAUAAAAUCAUGGCUGAUUUCUUUUUAAGUUCACAAUCUUUUCUAUACCUCUGUUCACUGGCACAUGUGUAUUAAAGUCAGCCAGUUUUACCAUAGUUUCUGGAGGACAUUAGUGUUUAUUUUGUUGCUUUUCCCCCUUUUUUUCAUAGAUAUGGUACAGUUUUUAAUGUAAAAGACCAAGAUAACAUUGCACCUUGACCUAUUUCAGACUGUUCAGAUAUGUAAAUUAUUUAUAAUGUUUUAUGUCUAGGUUGUUUAACUGUUGGUCACGUUAUCAGUUUUAACUAUUUGAAAAUGUUUAUUUAUAAUUCCAAAAGUGGUACUUGAAAAAUCUUAGUGUGCUGGGAAACCCGGUGCAGUCUGUUCACUUUGAUUAGAACUUGUUCUUCAUGACAGAAUGCAAUCUGUCAAUGUUUUUCUCUCUUUUUUUCCUUUUGCAGUGAGUUCUCAUGCCCAUGGAUGCUUUUAGUUGCAGAUAUGCUGUCUAACCAAACUCUUUUUCAGAGUUGAAAUAAGAAUGACAUUUCCUAGCUUCUCCUUGCGAUUUAUUUGCUUUCAUUUUGACAUCAGAGUAUAUUGAAAAAUUCCCCCAGCAGAGACCAACUUUCCAGUGAGUCUGAACUCUUGUGACUGUGAAUGUUGGUAACCUUUACCAGUAUUAUUAAUGUCCAGACAACAUUCUUUAUCGUGGUUCUCAUAAUGAAGGAGAAAAAUCAAAACUGAAUGUCUAAUAGCAUUGAUUUCAAACAUGUUUCUUGCAUAUUUUGAGGUAGCGCUCUGUACUGCAUCUCUGACGGCUGCAGGACACGAGUUUGGCCGUGGGUUAAAUUUACUCAUUUUCGGUGAGUUUAUGGUGGCUCAGAACAUACGUGACAUGAGCUGUCGCUGUUCUGCUUCAGGUGAAGUGUACAUGGUUGCUCCUGAGACCCAUGUGCCCUCCGUAUCUCCCAGUGAUCUAUUCCUUCUUUCUCUGUCAGCACUGUGACUCGUUACAAUGGAAGACGCUCCAGACCUUUAUGUACAUUGUUGUAUUUAUUGUUCUUCAGAGAUUGUCAGUUAACGUAUGUACGUGUAAUGUCUGGCUAACAAAAACCUGUACAUAUUUCAGUGUGGGAGAUGUUUAAUUGCAUGAAGAAUAAAAGUCUUCAUUUUAA